AUGAAUUCCAAUCAUAUUGAAGAUUAUUUUACUCAAGAAUUCUCUGAUGAUUUUAGAGAGUCUGAACCUGAAUUGACUAUUACUUCACCUGGCUAUUCUAGCAACAAUGAAUCUUUAUUUGCAGACGAUUCCUCAGUUAUAGAUGAUAAUUUAUUUGUGGAUAAAGAUUCACAUAUAAAAGAAACUUUAUUAACUAAUGAAAGUUUAUCAAAAAAUCAUAAUUUAUCAGCAACAUCUCCAAACAAAAAGAGUAUUGAGGUUACUACAGCCUUUUGCCAUAUUUCUGGAUGUAAAGUAUUAUGUGCUUAUCACAGAUCAACAACAAAUUUACUAGAUCACCUUCGAAAAAAACAUAAUAUAACUAAAGAAAGUGAAUAUAAUAAAUAUAUUCAACAGAAUAUUUCUGAAAAAAAACUUAUUCAACAAAAGCUUGAACAUAUUCUAAUAAAGCUACAUGAUUUAAGAAAACAAGAAAAAAUAAUUCAAAAACUUUUAAAACUAAUUGUUGGAGAAGGACUUUCUCUUAUUCUUAUAGAAUGCAAAUGGUUUAGAGAAUUUGUUAAUUAUAUUAAUCCUCGCUUUAAAAUUCCAUGCGUAAAAACUUUUUCAAAAUAUAUAUUUCAAUCAUACGAAUAUAGCACUUCUUUACUUAAACAAAUUUUACAUACAAGUGCUAAUUCAAUUUCUCUUACAGCUAAUAUAUGA